AUGGCAUCAUGGAACUUGCCAUCAUCUUCAUCAUCGCAGUUCAUUGAUGAAGAACCUUUAAUAUUGGAUAACGUUGAUGACUUCAGCACAGAUGAUGAAUUAGACAACAUACUCGAAGAUGACAACAACGACGAAGGCCACAUAACACAAAUAUCUGCACAAAUAAUUCCAGAGUUGAAUCAAGGUAUGCAGUUCCAGUCAAAGGAGGAAACUAUUCUUGCAAUCAAACAUUAUCACAUUACAAACGGUUACAAAUACAGCGUCGUUGAGUCCAAACCCAACAUUUAUGUUAUUCGUUGUCUGGAAUAUCACAACGGUUGUCAAUGGCGUCUGAGGGCAGCUUAUAGCAAAGUCCGUAAAUAUUGGGAAAUCAAAAAUAUAGACGGACAACAUUCGUGUUUCUCAACAAUACUAUCUCAAGAUCAUACAAAUCUUGAUAGUACUCACAUUGCCACGAUCAUAUCCAAUUCAAUCCGGACAAACCCAUCCAUUCCUGUCAAGAGUUUGAUUGCAGAUAUUAAGGGUCGAUUCGGAUAUUCUGUGUCGUACAGAAAAGCUUGGAUCGCUAAACAGAAGGCUCUUGCUAUGGAGUUUGGAGAUUGGGAGGACUCUUAUAACCACAUGCCGAGGUGGUUGCAUGCCGUCAAGGAAGCAAACCUAGGUACAAUUUUACAAUGCAUUGGUUAUCCUGUGAAUAUUGAUGGAGAAACCGACGAUAAUUGCUAUAUUAUGGAAAGAGUUUUCUGGUCUUUCGGUCCUUGCAUAGAAGGAUUCAAAUACUGUAAACCCAUUAUCCAAGUUGAUGGCACAUUUCUCACGGGUAAAUAUCAUGGAAAUUUGCUAACCGCCAUUGGUCAAGAUGGCAAUAGAAAUAUUUUCCCGCUCGCCUUUGCCAUUGUAGAAGGUGAGACAAAGGAGGCCUUGAUAUGGUUUUUUCAACUACUUCGAGAACAUCUUUGUCAUCAACAAAAUAUUUGCAUCAUCACUGACAGAGGAAAGGGUAUACUAUCCGCCUUAAGAUCAGAUGAAGUUGGUUGGGAACAAGAUGCUUACGAGGUCAAGCAACCAACUGUUACGGCAAAACUUGCUGCAUUGAGAAACCAAUACCCACAACAAGUUCAAUGGAUAGAUAAAAUUCCAUUACAAAAAUGGUCUCAGGCUUUUGAUGGAGGGAGAAGAUAUGGACAUAUGACGACUAAUCUUGCUGAGUGCACCAACUCCAUUUUAAAGGGAGCACGUUCAUUGCCAAUAUGUGCUCUCAUCAGAACAACAUUUGAGAGGACACAAUCAUGGUUUGUUGAACGCGGAUUAAAGGCGAACUCUAUGCUACAAGCAGGACACCAAUAUCCUGAACAAAUCGCCGACAUCAUUAGGAAAAAUCAACAACAAUCCGCAUAUUGUCAUGUUCAUCGCUACAAUCGUGAAAAUUCUAAAUUUGAUGUUCAAGAAAUUUCAACACCUCACCACUACCGCCCUAUUCCACUAUCCUACAAGGUCAACCUAAAUGAAUGGUGGUGUGAUUGUGGACACUUCCAGGCUACUCGUCUCCCAUGUCAUCAUGUCAUUGUUGUUUGUGCAUUUUCGCAUAUCCCACUAACCCAAGUAAUCGAUCCAGUAUACAGUCUUAACAACAUUUUCAAGGCAUACGAAGUACAAUUUCACCCAAUCCAAAAUGAAGACUAUUGGUCUCUGUAUACAGGUCCAAACUUCAAACCAGAUCCUAAAAUGCGACGCAAAGCAUCCGGAAGACCAUCUACAAAUAGGCUUCAUAAUGAAAUGGAUCAAGCCAAUCCAGAUAACCCAAAAAGAUGCUCUUACUGCCGCAACGAAGGUCAUCAUAGGGGAAAUUGUCCUUUUCGCCAAUAG